AUGCCGGCGGACGGGCGCCAGCGGCGAAGGAUGGUUCGCCCGGGGCGCAAAUCUAGCCAGGACCGAAUCUGUGUGUUUUUCUGGGCUCCAAAACGUGGGCGACCCCUGGAGCGCAGAAGCAGCUUUGGACUCCUGCCACCUUACUUGUCUGAGCUGAGGGUUGUUCUUCUGGGGAACAGCUGGUCUGAGAGGAGUUCUGUUGGGAAUUUAUUACUGAAAGAACCUGUGUUUAACACUGAGGAAGAACCAGACCAAUGUCUGAGAGUCAGAGGACAGAUAAAGGAGAAGAAAAUAGUCCUCAUCAACACUCCAGAUCUGCUGAAUCCAAACAUUUCUGAAGACAAACUAAGAGAACAUGUAGAACUCUGUGUGAGACUCUCUGAUCCUGGACCUCAUGUGUUCCUGCUGGUUCUACAGCCUGAAGACUUCAUUGAGGAACAGAAACUCAGGAUCUGCAGAGUCCUGGAACUAUUCAGUGAUCAAUCAUUUGAUCGAUCAAUGGUUCUGAUUUCAGCAUCCAGAGAGGAGAGCUCAUUUGAAAACUUCAUGAAAAAUCCGUUCUUCAGAGACCUGAUCAGAGAGUGCAGCAACAGAUACUUGUAUCAGAAGAACCUGGAACGUUCAGAGCUGCUGACACAUUUGAGCCAAAUCGUAAAAGAGAACACCAGAGAAGAUCUGAGCGGUGAGCAAUCUGAAGAUGCUGGUUUAACCAUGAAACCAACAUCUGAGCAGAAAAAAACUCCUCUGAACCUGGUCCUGUGUGGUAGAAGAGGAGCUGGGAAGACUUCAGCAGUCAACGCUAUUCUGGGACAAAGAAAGUUUGGUGGACCUGAAGACUCAUCAGAGUGUGUUAAAACCCAGGGAGAGAUGUGUGGACGUCGGGUUUCCCUGCUGGAGCUGCCUGCCUUGUAUGGAAAACCUCAGGAGGCAGUGAUGGAGGAAUCAUUCAGGUGUAUCUCCCUCUGUGAUCCUGAGGGCGUCCAUGCCUUCAUCCUGGUCCUACCUGUGGGUCCCCUCACUGAUGAAGACAAGGGAGAGUUAGAGACCAUCCAGAACACAUUCAGCUCUAAAGUCACAGACUUCACCCUGAUUCUGUUCACUGUGGAGUCAGAUCCUACAGCUCCAGCUGUUGUUGACUUUAUCAGACAGAACAGAGACAUCCAGGAGCUCUGUCAGAGCUGUGGAGGAAGAUCUGUUGUUGUCAACAUGAAGGACAAGCAGCAGAUCCCAGAGCUGCUGGAUCAAGUGGACAAGAUGAGACUGUCAGAUCAGAAACCUCACAGCUACACAACAGGAACGUUUGCUCAUGGACAAAUGGAAAAGAUCCUAAAACUGGAGGCUGAAAACAAGAAACUGAAAAACCCUCAUGUGGUCACCUGUAAGUAUUUCACUGUUUUUAUUUUCUGCUGUAGCUGAUUCUCCUAAACCCUGUUCUACAUGAAGUUCAUACUUUAAAUAACUCUGU